AGACGGACAUCGUCCAGGACAGGCUUUCUGCAACCUCCUCUUGACACGGCCAACAACCUUGGCCUGAUGAACUGCCAGAGUCCCUGUAGCGUUUGUCUUUCUUUCGGCUCCUCGUUCCAUGCUUCGAAGCCUUACCGCAACUGCAUGCGACUCGUACAGGAGCGUCUCGGUAGGCAACCCAGACAUGACCCCUCUCUCUUACAGGUUGCGAGUUGCGAAUUGCACACCAACGCAACGUAACCCGCCUUACCUGAAUAUGGCAGAUUCACUACGACGGGCGAGAGCGAGCACCAAUGAACAGCUGGUCGACCUGUCAUGUCAGGCCAGUGCCACAUACGACUACCUCGAUACCCCUACACAGGCCUCUCCGCCGUGUUGGAUCUCUUGGUGCGGUGCAGCCACCCCGAAAGACAUUGUUGCAUCGCGGUUGGUGUGAGAGGAACGACGGCUCGACGCUACUGGUCCGAUUCCGUGUCUAGCUGGGCGGGUGACGACGCCGUUGUUACCUUCAUCCACGCUGCUGGACCCGAGCUCAUUCGUCAACUCACCUCCCGUGCUUAUUCGGUCCAUCUUAAGACAUGCCUCCCGUCUUUCCCCUCCGACACACGCCGAGUCUUUUCACAAACACAGCAGUGGAGCAAAGCUCUGUCGAUCUGCUGCUGUUCGCCUCCCCUUGCUCCAGCAUAUCCCUCCCACCAGGCAUGGGGAACGCUAUUGCACCCAGCCAGCAUCUAUGCGGGGGAUAUCCGCUCGACACCGACAGAGUGCCCAAUCGACAUUGCCAAUGAGCAUCACACCCAUUCGCUCCUUUGCUGCACCUUCGUCGCAUCCAUGUCCGAUCGAAACCACUCCAUCAUGGCCCAUCCUGAACGCUCACUCCCAAACCCUCACCUCCUCAACAACUCCGCAGCAAUAACAGGUAUCAUCCAUGGGCCGGCCCCAAGAGCCCCUCGUCACUUUUCGACGAAAAGCUCCCGAACGGAAACAAUUUCGGGGGACAUUGCAUUGUUUACGGGAGGCUAGUGCGGCCGAAGGGAAAGGCAGACGUUCAACGCCAAUGCCGCUUAGCUACUGUGUCUUAAGCUAUCUUCGUUGUGCCUCGCUCGUGGCGUGCCUUGGCUUACUUGGCUUAAUCCAUCGGACAUCUUUGGCCAACAGGCACUACAUUAGGUAGGGUAUCGCAGCCAACCGAUUCGCGGAGGCCACCUC